CUACCCUCCCUCUAACCUCUCACCCGUUCGCACUUACCUGUCACCAUCUUUCAUUUUUCACUCUCUCCCUUCCUCUCUAUUUCUCUCUCUCAACCAUCAUCCUCUCUACCUUUCAUCGACCCGUCAUUCUCGCCCUCCAUCCCACCCAUUGCCCUCUCCGACCCGUUACCCUCUCACCACCACCCACCUCUCACCCUCUCUCCUUCUCUCCCUCCUCAUUUUUAGCCCACUCGAAAUCAAAGCAGUUCUGAUCUUUAAAUGUUUAUUCCAAAUACGGAGACAAGACUCCUUCUUAAUCGACUUUUUCUAGAAAAAUAUUGGGGAAAAUUGAAGGCGAGUUUCUUUCCUUUUGAGUUUCCUCAGAGUCGCCACAAGUCGCCUAGAAUGUAUCAUAUUAUAAUUGGAACUAAUUACGCCACGAAAUUAGCGGGUACUUUUGAAAACUUUCUCUAUCUUAGCAAAAUAUUUUCCCUCAUUGAUGAAAAAUCACCCCAAAACCUUGCAUGAUAACAGCAAUAUAUCCUAAAAUAACUCGGCAUUAUGAGUCAUCUUUCAAUAAAAACAAAGCCAAUCGGUAGAAAAACUCGCCGUAGUGAAAACAAUAGAUUAGAAGUAUCAAAAAACGUAAGGUAAUAGCUGUAUAAAGUCCAAGCCAAUUCUAAAAGCCAACAAGAAGCGAAAUGUCGAGUCAAGAGGAAUCCGAAACAAUUAUGAUAUCCUUCCCCGAGAAUAGUCCACGAGGUUGUUCUGGUUCUAUAAAAAUCUCCGGUGCAAAAAAUGCAGCUUUUCCGUUGAUGGCUGCCUGUUUACUGACAAACGAAGAAGUAGUUUUGAAAAAUGUCCCGAAAAUUACGGACACUGAUGUCAUGAAACAGCAACUAGAGUGUUACGGUAUUCAUGUAACUGUUGAUGAAGGUUCGGGAGAUUGGAAAGUACACGCCUCGAACCAGUUACAACCAUCGACAUCCAGAAAUGUUAGCUCAAAAAUAAGAGGUGGGUUUCUUGUUUUGGGUCCUCUCCUAGCAAGAUUGAAGAAAGCGAAGGUGUACAAUCCCGGGGGAGACAGAAUCGGUGAUCGUCCUGUUGACUACCACAUCGAAGCAUUAAAAGCCUUGGGAGCGACACAGCCGACACUUGAAGAGGAGUCUGAUUGUGUCUUCCUGAGGGCUGACGGAGGGUUACGCGGAACUCGAAUUCACUUUCCACAAGUUUCUGUCGGAGCGACCGAGACCGUGAUCAUGGCAGCGUGUCUUGCAGAGGGACAGACUGUGAUCACAAAAGCAGCUGUUGAACCAGAAGUACUUGAUUUGAUUGACAUGCUGAGAAAAAUGGGGAUGGGGAGAAAUAUUGGUGUAAAUGAAGUCGAAAAGAAGAUUGUCAUCAAUGGAACCAGUGGCCAACUUCUGAAUGGUUGUACGCACACACUCAUUCCAGAUCGUAUUGAAGCUGGAACAUGGGCGAUAGCAGCGGCCAUGACUGGUGGUUCUUUGACCCUUUUGAUGGAUCCUGAAAUUGGGAAGAAGAUCAUGGUGCCUGUGCUUGAAAUGUUGCCAAAAGCUGGAGUAAGCUUGCAAUGGAGACGUGAUGGUCUGGAAGUUCAGCGACUUGGUCCAAUACAACCUGUAGAUAUUAUCACUGGAUCGUUCCCUCAAUUUCCUACGGAUCUUCUGCCACAGUGGGUCACCUUCAUGACACAUGCAAACGGCACGUCAAUCAUCGAAGAAACCAUCUACGACAACCGAUUCAGUCAUAUUCCACAGUUGGUAGACAUGGGCGCAAGUUUCACAUAUAUCUCUAACAAGAAAUAUAAGGUCCAUGGUAUAAAAGAGGUCCAUGGUGAAGCAACACUUCGCGGUGCGCUCGUCGAAGCCUCCGACUUGAGAGCUGGUGCAGCUUUGAUCCUGGCCGCAUUGACAGCAAAAGGAACGACAAAGGUUGUGAAUUUCCACCAUGUUCUUCGUGGUUAUGAAAAUGUCAAAGAAAAGCUGAGAGGGAGUUGGCGUGUGCGUUUAGAUGAUCUGCAGCAAACUCGGCCAGGAUUUCAUGGUGGAAGUCCUACUGAGGUUCGCCAAUCUCAUCACCGACGCUAAGAACUUUCUUUUUUAAAACGAGUCUAUUUCAACAGUUUUUUCACUUUAAGAUAUCUUAUGAUGACACUAGACUUAUAUUUGAUAUUUUAGAAAAACACAAUGUACUAAUUUUUUUUAGAUUUUCUCCUGACACAAAUACCGGGUUGCGAGACAGCCUUGAACGUCCACAACAAACUAAUAUCAUCGGACUAUAAGGGCCCGUGACACCAGAGUUAUGUGCUGAGCAAAAAGUCAUUCGUGGCCAUUGGUUGCUCUCGUGUCUGGGCGACUUUGCUGGCAACUUUGACCACGAAUGACUUCUUGCUAAGCACAGAGCUCUGGUGUGCGCCGGCCUUCAAGUAAUGUGCGGCAUUCCUGCCUGUUGGGAUGGAAGAUCUUAGAGCUGUGCCUGCUGCCAUGAACUAGCCGUGUUUAUAAUAACCCACAGAUCUAUGCUCGCAUGAUUACAAUUUUCGUAAUACCAACUCUAAACUGUGUUGAGGAAAUAGCAGGGCAAUUAUUUUACACUGUACAUGAUAAAAUCUGUCGUAACAAACCUCUAUGUAGAUGACGCCACUCAGGGAAAAACCCAAUGCUGAAUUAAAUAUUCGACAUGCAUUGGUUCCGCAUGUGCGUUGCGUGUUCAGGCUCAGCGCCGAAUCCUCUUUCGUAAAAUCAUAAAACUUUAUCCAAGCGAGGAUGUCAUAAGCGAAGAAUAAUAAGCACAGUUCUAAAAUCAAAAUACCAAUAUUUUAGGGACGAAUAACUCUGUCUUUUUCUGCUUUUUAACAUCUAAAUUAUUAAAAAUCUAGUUUAUUU